AUGGAAGGCCUAACAAUAAAGGAGAUAAGUGAUGAGAUGACUGAGUGUGCGAGAUACGGAGAGUUGGAUGAUUUGAAAUAUAUUCUAGAUAAUUACAAGAUUGAUGUAGAUUAUCAGGACGACAGUGGGAAUACUGCCUUGCAUAAAUCAAGUGCAAAUGGUCAUCUAGAUAUAGUAUGUGAGCUUUUAAGAAGAAAGGCAUCAAUAAAUAAACAAAACAAUAAUGGAAAUUCUCCAUUACACUGGGCUGUAACAAAUAAGAAAAAAGAAGUGGUAAUCAAGUUAUUGAGUGACAAGAGGAGUGUAGAAGAAGGAGGUGCAGAUGUUUUACUAAAAAAUUGUCUGAAUAAAAGUGUUCUUACUGAAGUAUUUAAUAUAAAUGAUGUUGAUAUUUUGAAAUUGGCCUUAGAGCAUCCUUCAGCUGAUAGGUUAGAACAGGAACAUUCAGAAUCUGUCAAAUUUGAUGAAGAUCACGAAGAAGCAAAUGGUGACUCCAAUGCAACAAUUUCUCAAGAAUUCAUUCACAACCUUACAUUUAUUGGAGGUAAUGCUGAGGAUCUCGAAGCAAAACCUUUAAUUAAAUGUAGAGAAAUAGCUUUAAUGGGAAUAAAAAAAGUAUUUGAUCAGGACCCUCAAAAUGAUACUACAGGAGCCCACUUGUGGUCUAGUUCAAUUGUGGCCUCUUAUUGGAUGGUUAAUUUGAUCAGAAAUGAGAACAUAUUUGCAGGGAAACGUGUCUUAGAAUUAGGAUGUGGGUGCGGUUUAAUGGGUUUGGUAGCUGCAAUCUACUCAAAAUACUUCUUUAAUAGCCAGCCAAAAAAACUUUUCCUGACAGAUGUUUCAAGGCUAUCACUGGAAAAUGCUGAUGUUAAUAUUAAGUUGAACUCUGCUCUUCUUGGUGAAGACCAUAAUUUUAUUCAAGCAAAGUACUUGAAUUGGUUUGAUCAUGAAAGCUUCAGAAACCUAGACUCUGAUAACCCAGAAAUUAGGGGCACCUUUGAUAUCAUUCUCGGAUCUGAUCUAGUAUACAAUUUUCAUAUGGAGAUUCAGCUAUCCCAGGUCAUAUCAGAGCUCCUAACACAUCAAGGAAUAUUUUAUUAUGUACAUAGGCAUGAUAGACUUUGCGCUUCAAAGUUCAAACAAUCUCUCGAAAAAACGGGAUUCAUUUGUCAAGAGAUUUCUUCUCCUGAGGAAUAUACUAGAAAUCCUUUAUAUGGUGAAAGCCAACAGGUUGCUGACUCUUUAUUUAACGAGCUUUCUUCUCACUCUGAGUUUUAUCUAUUAACUGCAAGAAGGCAAUAA